CUAGACCUUGUCAGCGAUGCAUUAAGAGAGAUCUGGCAGCUUCGUGUACUGACGGUAUUCGUAAAAGGGCAAAAUACUUGCAAGAUUCGAAUUAUGAUGAUAAUAUUGUGGAUUCCAGUGCAUUGUUUGGGCCUGGAGGGUACCCUCCCGCAACGGGCAGUUAUGGUUUUGGUUCAGAGGCUGUGAAUCUUGAAUAUUCAAUCCUAAGCAAUAUGUUAUCCUCGGCUUCUACAGAGUCAUUAGGUCAACACUCGGGUUUUGCGGAUAUUGGAAUGAUCGAUCAAAGCUGGCAGCAACAACCUUUAUCACGCACUAGUCCUGUCAUCGUGACGCCCGGUGUCAAUGGUGAUAACACCAAUCAACGAAGAGAGAUUUCAGGAAAAAGAAAAUUACAUUCGAUUACUCCUGAAAACGUUUAUGCGAACGUAAAAAAACCAUUCUCAUACAAAGAAGGAUUUCACUAUUUAGUAAACUGGGUUAGAGAAAGGUAA